AUGGUCAAACUACUAUCUUACAAGGAAAUCUCAGAGCACAACUCGCAAUCGGACCUAUGGAUGAUUAUCGAUGGCAAGGUCUACGAUUGUACCAAGUUCAUGGACGAGCACCCAGGUGGUGAAGAAGUGUUGUUGGAUCUGGGUGGACAGGAUGCCACUGGUCCUUUUGCUGACAUCGGCCACUCUGACGAUGCCGUGAAAAUGUUGGAAGACUUAUACGUAGGUGACGUUGACAAGGACAGCGAACCCGUCAAGAGAGCUGAACCGGAACCAGCUUCGGCAACCACGGGCGGCGAAGGAAACGGUGUGCUUAUCUUGGCUCUGCUAGCCGUGGCUGCUGCCAUUUUCUACUAUUUCAUGAACCAGAAAUGA